AUGCCAUUCUCUCUUCCUUAUUAUCGGGACGCCGGUGAAUUGCCAGGGCCUCUCCCUGAUCAGAAUGAGAUUGACCAGGCAACACGAACCCUCCCCAAGACAUCAGAUUAUGGUGGGCGCUUGGUUGUAAUCCGAGACGCAUUUGUUGUGAAAUAUGGCCCACUUGUGACUGAAAAUGAAGGAUAUGCUCUGCUUUUUGAUACCCUGCAUAUUGUCAUGGAAUACAUUCCCGGUAUCUCUCUGGGGACGGCGUGGCCUUCGCUCACGGAGAUGCGGGCACUGCCAUCGCCCGGGUUCUACGGCAGCGUCGACCAAGGGCCCGUCCCCCAUCGGUAUUUCUUUUCUCGUGAGCAAGACCCUGCGGUGACUGGUCCUAUUCGGACGGAGGAAGAAUUCGGAAAAGCCAUCGCACUUCGCUCCCAAAAUAUGUGGAGCGAAUGCAGUAGUCACAGCGUGCUCUCCGACUAUCUUGUUCGCCACCUCCCAGUAGCACUUCGCGGUCAUCCGCCCAUGUUCACCCACGGAGAUCUCUACCGAGAGAAUGUUUUGGUCAGAAAGGUUGUGGAUUCGGUCACCAAUGAAGAAGAGUGUGAACUGGCUGCUCUGGUGGACUGGGAGACGGCUGGAUGGUAUCCUUCGCACUGGGAAUACGCUCAUAUCUUUCCCUUAUUGCGGUGGAUUGAUGACUGGCCGGCGUAUGUGGAAAAGAUCCUCGAUCCCUUGCCGCUGGAGGGCGCCAUGAUGUGGGUUGUCUUUAGAGAAAUGGAGUUUUAACUGGAUGUGAGGUGCUAUGACGUUGAUAUUGGCGUCUUUAUUCGGU